AUGCUUUCUUCCUGGCAUAAAAGGCAUUCCAGGAUCAGAGACCCUUUCCUCAUGCUUCCUCUGUCUAGAAAACACUGCUCAUCUUUUAACAAUUAUUCAUCUAGCGGGGAGGGGGCGUUUGGGGGUCUGGAAACACCUUGGUCCCACAGAGGAGAAAUAGGCCAGGCCAAUUCUCCCCCUGUGAUUGUCAACACAGAUAUCCUAGAAGCCCUAGGAUAUGUGAAUGGGACCGAGGGAGAGAUGGAAUAUGAGGAGAUCACAUUGGAGAGGAAUAACUCAGGUCUGGGCUUCAGCAUCGCAGGUGGCACUGACAACCCACAUAUCGGUGACAAUCCGUCCAUUUUCAUCACCAAGAUCAUUCCUGGUGAGGCUGCGGCCCAGGAUGGCCGCCUCAGGGUCAACGACAACAUCCUGUUUGUAAAUGAAGUGGACAUGCGUGAGGUGACCCACCCAGCAGCAGUGGAGGCCCUCAAAGAGGCAGGCUCCAUCGUUCACCUCUAUGUCAUGUGCUGGAAGCCCCCGGCUGAGAAGGUCAUGGAGAUCAAGCUCAUCAAGGGGCCCAAAAGUCUUGGCUUCAGCAUCGAAGGGGGCAUAGGGAACCAGCACAUCCCAGGAGAUAACAGCAUCUAUGUAACAAAGAUCAUCGAAGGGGGUGCUGCCCAUAAGGAUGGGAGGUUGCAGAUUGGAGACAAGAUCCUGGUGGUCAACAGCGUGGGGUUGGAGGAUGUCAUGCAUCAAGAUGCUGUGGCAGCCCUGAAGAACACUUAUGAUAUUGUCUACCUAAAGGUGGCCAAGCCCAGCAAUGCCUACCUGAGUGACAGCUAUGCUCCCCCAGACAUCACAACCUGUGAGAGCCCUUCAAAUGCCAAAGCUCCCCACGACCCAUACUGUUUAACCCAUGACAUGCAGCCCCAUGACAUCCCUGUAGCUGUCUCUCUUCAGAUAUUCCCCAUGAAAUAG